UGUUCCUGACCGAUUACGUCAGCAUAACCUCCGACCGAUAAGCUGCAAAGUCACGUGAUCCCCUUUCUUUAACACGCGAGUGCUCAGCCAGCCAGCCAGCCAGCUAUGGAACAAAGCCAUGGCCAAGGCAUCGCCGGCUGGGGCCCGAGCAGCUUUUCCGGCGAAGCGUGGGAGCAACCGUUUGGCACAUUUGAUCAGGGAGCUGGGACCGAGAGCAGUUACCCCAGUCCGGACUUUCUCGGCGGCGGCGCUGCUAUCAACCCUCCUUUCCCCGGAGAUGGCAACCAAGGUGGCUUGUAUCGUCAGUUCGAGUUGUAUGGCCAAAGUACUCCCUGGACGGACCAUCCACAGACCAAUGCCGCGCCCUUCUCUCAGGAGCCCUCGCUGGAGCAGGGAUAUUUCGGCGGCGAGCAGCGACACUCAGCCGAUGGAAACCAGGCAAUUGACAGCCGGUUUGCCCUUGACAUUCCGCAAGGCAGCGAUUUCCCUGCUCAACUCCAUGGCAACGCCAAUCAGCAGGUAGAUCUCCAUCAAGGCUUCAGUCAUGGAGUAGCUGAGCCUUCCGGCUCUGCACCGAAUGGCUAUCAUCGAGGUCAAAAUCAUCCGCAGUGGCAACCACAACAAGUCUCAGCGGGAUACGGGUCUGGCCACCAAUUCGACAACCCUCUUUCUGUUUCUCAGCCAUCCAGCCUUUCUCCUCCCGUCUCCAAUGGCUCCCCUUCCCCAUUCUUUUCCAGUCAUGGCACUGCGCUUCCAGCAGUACCAGCGUAUCAGACGGAGGUGCGACAGCAAGCUCCCGUGAAUUCUCGACAGGUCCACCCACAUUUUGCGGCAGCGCCGAACGCGCAAUUGCAACAACCGGUUGCUGUGCAAUCACCAGCACAGAAGGCGGCGUCCCAGCAGCUCCCGCAACAGAUGUACCAGCAGACAAUCCCUCGACAACAGCCAACACAGCAACCAGCCCAGCCACCCGUUCAACAAUCAACCCAGGAGCCACUUCCACAGUCAGUCCAGCAACCGCUUUCACAGCCAGCCCAGCGGCCAAUACAGAACUCCAAUCAAUAUUCCGUGCAGCAACCGGCCCAGCGGCCUGCUUUCCACCCAACCAUCCAGGCAGGCGGUGGACAACAUGUAUUCCCUCAGCAACCCUCGAAUCAACCACUGGCAGCCCAACAAUUCCAGCCCUCAGAGAACAGCCAGACUGCAGGUCUCAAGCGCGGCGCCACAACGGAACCCCAGCUCACCGCGGCGGUUGCGAAGAAAGCUAAGGUGGCUGUCCCAGCGGCUGUCGGCUUCUCUUCCCAGCAGGCCCAGGUCCAGUCACCGCCCGUUUCAGAACCCAUAUGCACCAUCAACCACCAAGACGACAGCCUCCUCUCGGAAGCUAAAGGUCGCUCGGGUGCUAGAUGGUUGGGUGUUCCGAAUCUUGUGGUUGGUCCUGCGCCUGUGAAGCUCCAGAAAGGAACCCCAACAAAGCGAUAUGUGACUCUGUCGACAAAGGGCGGCAAGGAUCCGUUGUUCUCCAAGCACUGGCGGGCAUGGACUCCAGCUGAGAGUCUUGGGAACCAUGCCGACGCAUACCAGAAGGCAGAAAAUGACCUGGAUCGCCAACGUGCUGAUAUUCGUCUCGACAUUGAGAUGAACCGAGGAAAUAGCGAGAUUCCCGUAGAUUGGUUCAAGAAAGGACUUAAAGAUCGCCUAGGUGCAGAGGUAAGCUGGAAUUCUGACGUGGCCUCUAUCGUCCAACGUACACUGACACCAGUCGCCCCUCAGCCCAAGCGACUGGACCCCCCAGCUGAGCCCCUUUACUCGGGGAUCAAGGCGGUCGAAUAUCUGCGCCUUCAUCCCGCCCAUCUUCGGAACCAGAAGGUGACGGGCGAUGUUUGUUCCGACUUUGCCGCGUUUCUGCAGGCUAAGGCUACUAGCCUCAAGGCUGCUCUGUCGACAGCAGCGGAGAAGCCCAAGGACGGCGAAGCAGAGGCCAAGGCGCUUGCGGCAAAAGAGCAGCUGGAGCGUGCGAUCGAAGAGGGGCUUCGGGUCGAGCCCGAAAACCUAUUCGCCAAGCUGAGCGGCAACAACAAGAUGAUCGCCGUCUUGAAUAACAUCCUGGUGAAGCUGAUCAACGCCGGCGAAGCAAAUACGUCUCUGGCCAAAGCCAUCCUUCGCCUGAACACUCGCUUCACCGAGGUGACGUUGGAACAGCUGGAGAUGCUGCAGAUGGAUAGGUUGAGGAAGAAGUUAGUGAAAGAAGGGGACGAAGAGGCGAAGAUGCUGAUCAACCAGUUAUACGACAAUGCCAAACGGAAUGACAAGGAGGAGAGCGCCAGCGCUAGUGAUUCGCCGAGCGGAGAGUCAGGUGCUCGUGGGAAGAAAGCAGUCUCUGCGCAGGGCCGGGCGCCCUCGAAACAGACAACCACCGGGAGCGACCCAAAAAAGACGACCAACUCUUCUUCUGCAAAAUCUACCCCCUCCGCCGCAGACUCGCGGAAACCGUCUGCCGCAUCUGCACCAUCAAAAACGAUGGCAUCCACCAACGAGAUGGACAAGGCCGCUUCAAAAGCAACUUCUUCAUCAAAGGCGCCUUCGAGUGCUACUGGAACCAAGCGAUCUCGUGAGGACGAUCCCGCCACGGCCGACGUGCGCUCAUCCAAGAAACCCGCGACCGAUAACUCUUCAGCAGGCGGGGUGAAGGCGCCCUCCUCGGCUGCGAAGCCGCCAGCAGCCUCCACCGGCAAAUCGACCACCACAAAACCCACCGCGGCUGCGACUCCAGGGUCCGCAGCUGCUCAGCCGAAGCCUCGAUCAGGACUUUUGCUUCCCGGAAAGGCCCGCCCAGCAGCCAAACCUGCCCCCAAGCCUGAGCCCAACAAGGCCGAGGCCCAGAAAAGUGCGACCAAGCCAGAGUCGACGCCCAAACCCCAGCCUGCAAAGGCACAAGCUGCUCCGGCUGCGGCCAGUGCUGCGAAAGCGAUCAAAACCAAGACUGCGGAAGAGACCAAAGAGGCGCCCGCAUCCAAGUCUAUCUUCUCUUCGCUGAUGAAGGAGAUCAAUGAAGAGGAGAAGACGAUCAAGACGCCUCUGACCAGGAAGACAAAUACACCGGACCCCAACGAGACACCCGAGGAGUGUGAGCGACGCCUUCGUAAAGAGAGGCGCCGGAAUCUUCGAGUCGCAUUCAAGAGUGGCGACGCGCUCGUCGAGAUUCGCGAGUUUACGCGCCAUCCUGACGAGAUCGCCGAGAGCAACAUGGCGCGCAGCGUCAGGAUCGGCGGCAGGGACAAGAACAGCGAGGAAAGCGAGAUGAUGAAGCGUCUUCAUAGUGGCCACGGUAUCAAGGCAUUGGAGAUCAACGACCGUGAGUGGGAGGAGCCGACGGCCGUCAACUUUGACGCCAACAUUCCUCAAGAGAGGAGGGAGAAGACCUACGUCACCCGCGGCGGACUUAUGGUCUUUGAGACGGAGGAGCAGAGACUCACCAUGGAGCGCGAGUCCAAGGAGUUGAUGGUCAUCUACCACAACCGCGCCGAUAUUCCGCCUAGCCCGAGAUCGCCACCUUACGAACCGUCACUUUCCGGGAGCAGCAGUGUCCACGAUAUGCACCUGCCUCCCUCCGCGCCCGAGUAUGAUGAGAUGAUGCAGCGCGCCGUGGAAUGCAAGCAGUGGGGCCCUUACCAUGCCUCUCGAGCUGCUCAGAACCGCCUGGAGGCAAAAGCCCGCCCGGACUAUGCCGACUUCACCAACACCCUCAAUUCCAUCCACUCGAUCGCCGGCUCUUACAACGGGCAAGCUCCUCGUCAGUUCGUUGGCGGUCUGCAGCAGCCCACUGCCCAACCUGCUGUCCAUGAUCCUCGGACUUGGUACGAAAGUACCGCGGCUGCCUCGCGAGAUCAAAAGACCCACGAGCUCAUCUCAUCGGAUCGCGCCAGGCACUGGCAAGACCCCGACCCGCACAAUCGUACAUUGCCCCGCAAGAUGACAGAGCGGGAGUUGGACAACCACCCCAAGCUUCGGGAGGUGCUUGAAUAUCUUCAGAAAGUUGUUGAUUCUCUCAAGGCAAGCGGGGCCGGAAUGCCUGCUCACCAGGAGGCCCCUCAGCCGGUUGCCACCUCUUCUCAGGGAGCACAGGCUGCGGCACCCGACUACUCGGCCGCGUGGGCACAGUAUUAUGCUGCCCAGCAGCAGCAGCAGCAACAGGCUUGGUAUGGCCAACAACAAAACUCGUACGCUCAUGCUGUCGCGAACCCUUAUUCGCAUGCUCAAGCUGCAUCGGGCGCCCAGCAGCCGCAGCCCGGUGACCCGAACAAUCAGUUCGCGAGCAUACUUGCAGCUCUCGGCAUUCAGCAGCCAGCAGCCCAAGCCCAAGCCCAACCGACGGCCGACCAGAAUAGCCAGAUCCAAGCAGUCCUCAUGGCCCUCGCGGCCGGCAACCAAGGCCAAGCCGCGGCCGUACCGCCGGCUGACCCGCAGAGCACCCAGUACCUUCUCGAAGUGGUGAAGCUGGCAACUAGCGGGCAGAACCAACCGCAGGACGUGCAGAAUGCCUAUCAGCAGUACUUUGGCCAAGCCGCGCAGGGCUACGGCCAAGGCUAUGGUGGCCAUCAGUCCAGCCAAGAGCGCGAAGCCUAUGGGCAGAUGUACGGUGGCAGCAGCGCCGAACAAAACCGUGACCGUCAGCGGGACCGGGACAGUAACAACAACAGUAAUAAUAAUGGCAACAACAGCAACAACGGCUACGGCGGCCGCGGAGACCGUGGUGACUAUCACCGUGGCAGCAAAGGUGGCCGUGGCAAUGGAAAGAACGAGAACAUUCCUGAGCACCUUCGUGGUAUCAACCGCAGCCUGAUUGGCACCAAGGCAUGCGCGUUCUGGGCUAAGGGGCAGUGUGCGAAGGGCGACAAGCGUACAUUCCGCCAUGACUGAGUUCCCUAACUUGCUGUGUGGGUUCGUUUAAUUUAGU